CUUGCUUUGACCUUGUUCUACUUGUCUUAAUCCGUUCAAGAUCCAUACAGCCGAUGUUGACGGCCAUCAGCAGAAACGCCCAAUCCAGGUUCUGACUAAGAUCUUCCGUGCCUGACUAAAGGCCAGCUUGCCUCAAUCGGAUCUUUGUCAAUACUAACGCCCGACGCGCCCCUGUUUUCAUUCAUACCUCGACCCUCUCCUCUCUUGGUCUUCUGUCCGUUCUACUUCCCCUGAUAGAGCCACCGUAUUAUGCCUCUCCGGUAAUUUCUAUAACCGCCGGAUCCAUGAAGUCCAAAGGUCGUACGCUCAACAAGCGUCGCUCGAAACCGUCUCUCACACUCGCCACCGGUCGCGACGGCCAGGCGCAUGACGAGAUGAACAACAACAUCGAGAUGCGGAAGAGGGAGACCUCCAGCGAGUCGUCCGCCAGUCGCGCCGACCGCGUGAUGGCAGGCUCCAGCUUCUCCCUCGACCAAGACCCCCCCAUCACCCCCCAGACCCCCGCCAUGACCACCACCAGUUUCUCCAGCCUGCCGGCCGCCGAUCGCCGCAAUUUCCUGCUGCUCUGCGUGCUGUACUUCCUCCAAGGCGUGCCCAUGGGCCUCGCCACCGGCUCCGUUCCCUUCCUCCUGAAACCCUACCUGUCUUACGGCCAGAUCGGCGUCUUCUCGCUCGCCUCGUACCCGUACUCGCUGAAGCUCCUCUGGAGCCCGAUCGUGGACGCCGUCUGGAGCCGUCGCUUCGGUCGCCGCAAGAGUUGGAUUACCCCGAUCCAGGUCAUCGCCGGUCUGGCCAUGAUCUACCUGGGUGGACGGAUUGAGGAGAUGAUGAAGGCGGCGGGCGCCAACGGCGGCGCGGGCGUCUGGAACUUCACCUACUGGUGGUUCCUGCUGGUGCUGUUCUGCGCCACGCAGGAUAUCGCGGUAGACGGGUGGGCGAUCACGCUCAUGUCGCCGCCCAACAUCUCGUACGCGUCGACGGCGCAGACGGUGGGAUUGACCGCAGGCCAUUUCCUGUCUUACACGGUGUUCCUGGCCUUCAACUCGGCCGACUUUGCGAACCGCUGGUUCCGCGCCGAGCCGGCGGAGGGCGGCUUGCUCUCCCUGGGCGGGUACCUGACUUUCUGGGGGUGGAUGUACCUGCUGGUGACGGUGGGACUGGCGCUGCUGAAGAAGGAAGACCGGAGCCCGGAGCGCGACAGCAUAAUGGACGUGUACCGCAGUAUGUGGAGCGUGCUGAAGCUGAAGAACAUCCAGACGAUCAUCCUGGUGCAUCUGAUCGCCAAGAUCGGGUUCCAGGCCAACGACGGGGUGACGAGCCUCAAGCUGUUGGACAAGGGCUUCGGGCAGGACAACAUGGCGCUGGUCGUGUUGAUCGACUUCCCGUUUGAGAUCAUGCUGGGCUACUACGCCGGCAAGUGGUCGACCGAGUACACGCCCAUGCGGCUGUGGUGUUGGGCGUUUAUAGGGCGUCUGGCGGCAGCCGUGAUGGCCCAGAUCACGGUGAUGAUCUACCCGGCCGCGUCGGAGGUGCCGUUCUGGUACCUGCUGACGGUGAUUGGCGAGCAUGUCAUCUCGACGUUCAUGAACACGGUCAUGUUCGUAGCGGUGUCAGCAUUCCACGCGCGGAUUGCCGACCCGGCCAUUGGAGGGACCUACAUGACGAUGCUAGCAACCGUCUCCAACCUGGGCGGUACAUUCCCCCGCUACUUCAUCCUGAAACUAGUCGACAUGUUCACGGAAGCCACCUGCACACCACCCAGCGUAGCGCCACCCGCCGACAAGCUGAAGGGCGACCUAGUGACGAGCAGCUUCUCGUGCGCGCUGGAGCCGGAGCGCGUGCGGUGCCAGAACGGCGGCGGGACGUGCACCACGAUCCACGACGGCUACUACACGACCAACAUCCUGUGCGUGGUGGUCGGCGUGGUGACGUUCUUCCUGUUUAUCCGCCCGGCGGUGGGCAAGCUGCAGGCGCUGCCGUUGCGGGCGUGGCGGUUGGUGGGAGAGAGGUCAUAGAUAGAUCUUGCUUAGG